AUGGCAUUGCACACUGCGUUGGUGCGCACUGUGCUCCGCCGCCUCAUCGACCACGAACUCUAUGUGAAGCUCCCCAAGUGCGAGUUUCACAGGGACCAGGUGGACUUCCUGGGAUCUCGGAUCUCGGGGCGGGGGGUGGAGAUGGACCCGGGCAAGGUGCAAGCAGUCAUCGACUGGCCGGCUCCCCGCACUCGCAGACACCUUCAGUCGUUCCUUGGCUUCGCCAACUUUUAUAGGGAUUUCAUCCCAGACUUUGCAUCCAUCGCACUCCCCCUCACAGACCUCCUUCGCACAAAGGGGGCCAGGCCGGGAGGGGGGCGGCCGGGAGCUCCCAUCAAUUGGUCUCCUGCCUGCCAGAUGGCUUUCCAAACCCUGAAGGCCGCGUUCACAACGGAGCCUGUCCUGGUCCAUGCCGACCCAAACAAACAAUUUAUUGUGCACGUCGACACAUCCAACGUGGCCAUGGGGCUGCCCUACUACAGAGAGGGGAGGAUGGGAAACUCCAUGCCUGCGCUUUCCUGUCUCGCAAGUUCUCCAGGUCCGAACUGA